UCCCUUAUCGUAUACGCUGGAACACAGUACAUGUACACAAUCUACUGUACAAUGUAUGAGUACAGUACAUGCACGUACGUACGUGUGCAACGAUACACUACUGGAGUUCAUCACUGUAUGAGGAGGUUUGGGAUGCGAUGGAGGCCGAGGUUGGUGAAAUGUCAACAAAAAUCUGCCCGUUGUCUCUCUGAGAUGGCCGUGUUCUACACGAAUACCUGCAAGUUCAGCGGAUGUAGUUUAACAUUUUCAUCGCUUGGUCAGCUGAUUGAGCACAUCGAAGAAACGCACAUAGAUUCUGAUCCUCAGUUUAUUGAGGAGCAGGAGGGCCAACAGCCAUCUGCUGUAGCUCUGAGCUAUGUCAUCAAAUUUGUGACAGAUGCAGCAAAGCAUCAUAAUGAGACAACACCAACUGCCAAGAAACGUCCCAAACCGAAUGCAUCAAACGUAGCUUCAAUCAGAAGCAUAACACCUAGCACAGGGAGUGAGUAUGAUGAGUAUGACGAGUUUGGCUCAGAAUCAGACAGUGACAACUCUGUGACAACUCAAGAAGAGUACACCUCUGAAGUUAUCUUGCGUACCAUGAACCCCCAGAUUGGGGACGACAAACCCUACCAGUGCCCUGUCCCCGGUUGUAAGAAACGCUACAAGAAUGUGAAUGGGAUCAAAUACCAUGCUAAGAAUGGCCACCGUAAGGAGAAUAAGGUGAAGAAGAGCUACAAAUGUCGUUGCGGUAAGAGCUACAAGUCCCAACAAGGACUUCGUCAGCAUGUCAACAUUCAGCAUCCUCCAGCAACCCUCACCCCGAGUGCAUCACCAAAAUCUCAGUCCCAGACAACAACCACUUCAACAGUACAAACGGUACUCACAGCCAAGCAGCUGGGCUUAACGUUGCAGAGUACCGGUCUACUCAUGGAACCCACCAAAUGUACCAACAGCGGGACACUAACCACCGUGGGCAGCACUGCUGUGGAACCCAGCACCCCUCUUACCCCUCUGACUCCAACCACGCCCUCCACAGGCUUCACGCUGGUUACUCUACCAUCGCAUCUGGAUGCCACAGUUCUGGCUACACAUAAGCUAGAAGGGACCGUGGUAUCAGUGCAACAGAUUCAACCAGAUGGCAGUGCAGUGUCCAUUAUGAAUUAAGGUUAUAGUAAGAUGCAGAACUUGGUCCUUACUGGCCGUCCGUAUUAAAAACUUUGGGACCAGGGGUUUAAGGGGCACGGAUACUUAUGGUAUGAAAGAAAGAACAGGGAAACUAUGAGCUUCAGUUUCAGUCCAUUUCUGGGUAGGGCAAUGAGUUUUGAUCUGUCAGACUAGGUUCGGCAGGGCUUUGGUUUAGCUAAGCUAAAUGCCGACAUUAAAUUCACUGUUCCUUGGUUGAGGUCCCAUUUGGCUGUCAUCAGGAGUGUGUCAUAUAGACAAAGUAUAUCUCAAUGCCAAGAUUCAAAACAAUUUUGGCAAUUACGAGUGACCAUGUUGAUACAUGUAAUGUUUCAUGUUUACUUGGAAGCAUUGAUAAGCAGCACUCCUUAGCGGUUCCACAUUUACAUUGAGUAUGGUUUAGGUUUGGUUAGUCGAUAAGUAUUGCCAAGAAUGUAUGUUUAGUGUCAUUUGAAAGGCUAGUGGGUCUUGUGCAUUAAUAUAAUAUGAUAUAUUUAUUAAAUUGAGUAACUAUUCUUUUGUAGUAUAACUCUGAUAAAUGACGUGUAUAUUUGCCAGACUUUGCCGGUUGGGUGACUAUGAAAAAACAAAGAAUAAACUUGGUCGUAUUGAGAUAAAUUGACAGAAAGGUAUUGGUUGGCAGCUGUUUGAUGAAAGGAUUAACUAAGCGGGCAACUCUCAAGUAACCAUUUUAGGCACUUUCGUAACUGUAAACUUAUGGAAGAAAAUAAUUAAAAAAUUAUCUCGUAAUGGAGCUAUUUAAGUAGCAUUUUUGAUGAAUCAAGGUGCAAAAAACUUUAUCCCCCAAAAAGUGUUAGCAAGAGAAAAUGCAUUAAAGUCGAACAGCUGAUAAGGUGUAAAUUUUAUGAUUCUGUUCUGGUUGCAUUCUGCAGUUUCUUGAUAGAAAACAGAAGGUAAAACUGGUGUCUGGUAGUUUUUCAAAUGAAAAAGUAUUACACAUGACAUCACUACCAGUUACUACCAAACUUGCUUCACAUAUAAAUAAUAAGAUCAGCAUUUGUUGCCAUAGUUACUGUUAGCCAUAUCAGAUGUUGAGAUUAGUUUUGUGUGUUAAAAGAUAUGGCAGGGAAAUAUGUGAUUGAAAUGGCCUCAAAUGUUGAUAACUUUCUCAGGAAUCAAAAUUAGAUCUAUCAGAAGCCUUUUAUUGUUGGAAGUAGAAGUGAUCAUGCAUCGGUGUGAUUUAUUUGACAGUUGUUAGAUUUAGAAUUUACAAUGCUAUAUAAUGUUAUAUUCUGACAAUUAGAGGACCAAAAGGAGGUAAAAUAGUUACCAUAUUCAGUAAGAAAGUGAUUUGUUUAUUCUGAGUAGCCUUUAAACAUCUUAAAUUACUAUAUAUACAUGUAUGUAAGAGAUCAUGGUUAAUUCAUAUUUAAUAAAGGAAUAAUAUGGCACACAUAGGGCCCCCCAAGUCCCUGUGCCACUGUAGUCCUGUAUUUUAUUGAAUCUAAAUCCACCACUCUAAACCAUUUAGCUGUUUGCCUUCUCACAGGGCACUCAUUGUAUAUUGUGACACUCUCUGCUGUAGUGGUACAUGUAUCGAUUGCAAAUCAUAACCAUCCUGUCAAAUUAAAGGUACCUGUGCAAUGGACUUUUUUCACACUUCCGGAAGCAAUAUAAGGUGCAACUUUCAGAAUCCUGACGUGGUAAGGCUUGUCCAAAAUAAAAGUUUGUAUGUUUUGCCUUUUGGGGAAAACUAAACAUAGUAUUGCAAGUCAAGUCUUAUUCUUAACUCAUGUUAUUAAUUUGUGGAUGGAAUCCAUUUGCAUUCUGAUUUGUGCCUUGAUCAGAUCGAGAUACAUUUAUAUCGGGUGUUAAAUUUUCUCUGAACUGUGCUUCAACAAGACUCCGAGGAAAUGUUUCCACUACCCAGUUUGACAUGCUGACAUGCAUAUAUGUCUAACUACAUGCGCUUUAGAAGUCUUUUUGAACCAUAAAAUGUGGAAUAGAAAACUUUCAAGGGAUGGCAAGUGUUGAGAAGCAGCAUACAAAAUAUCCAAAAUGCUUCAGAUGACAACUCCAGUUAGUAUGAUGAAUGUGGAUACGUAUUUGAAUUGGCACCAUGCAGUGUUAGACAACUUUUUCUUUUAUACAUUGAUGAACAUCUGUAGUACUUGAUAUCUCAUAACUGAUCAUUGAUUGGUACAGGUCUUGUCAAUGCUCAAUCAUACCUUUCAUGGGUUCCAUAUUGACGGAUCUUUUUGCAAUGUGACGAUUAUUGUAGGUUCUAGUACACAUUCAUUUGUACUCCUUAUUGUUGUGAAGUAGAAUAGUUUCGUCUUUCCAUUUUGUAUGCGUGUUUCUUGCCCAUUUAGAGUGGUCAAAGCUAAAUAUGUAAGAUAUUACGAAAGUCUUGUAUCGUGUAUUAUGUAAAUAGAAACUUUCAUCAGAUGUGAAAAAUAAAUCUAAAUUGAAAACAAGA